AUAUAGAGGCGCCACUGAACAGAUGUUGCAGACGCCAUAACUGCUGUCAGCUGUAAGUGCCAUUUAAAUCACUGGCGUUUUUAGUCUAACUAGUUUACCUCUGGCUUUUGCCUCUUAUAUUUUUUCAAUUAUAAAAGAAAAACACGGGAACACAUCUAUUCUCAGGUGGGUUUCUGACAGCACAACAACAAUAAGACGACUUGGACGAUGAAACGUAAAGCCACUGCUUAUACGAGUGAACAACUGCGACAAUCGGCAACUGGAAAGAAGCAUCAUUGGUCGGCUGGUUUAUUGAAGUCGAUAGAAGAUCCUGAAUGUAAAGUCAGAGAAGACGAUAAAAUAGUUGUCAUCAAAGAUAAAUAUCCUAAAGCGCAACUUCACUACUUGGUUUUACCAAAGGAAGAUAUUCCCUCUAUAUGGCACGUCAAGAAGGAUCAUCGAGAUUUGCUAACGCAUAUGCAUGAAGUUGCGUGUGAUCUGGCGGAAGGCCAUGCGGAUCAUGAAUUCUUCAUGGGUUAUCACGCAAUGCCUAGUAUGCAGAGGCUGCACCUACACGUAAUAAGCACGGAUUUUAAUAGCCCUUGUCUUAAGACUAAGUAUCAUUGGAACUCCUUCACGACGCGAUUCUUUUUGCACUCGCAAGAUGUAUGUAAUCAGUUGCGCGUGGACGGCGAAAUUAAAAAAAUUUCUCGAGAGCUGUCCACAGACUAUCUGAACACAAAACUAAAGUGUCACAAAUGCUCGACGCAGCCGAAAAAUAUGCCGGAUUUGAAGAGGCAUUUAUUAACACACAUUGGUAAAUGAAAGCGAUGGAAAGCGGAAUGUAUAAAUAUGAAAUUUUUGUAAAUAAUAUUUGUAAUUUAUAUAAUAUAAAACGUGAAUUAUCUCUAAAAAAUAAAUUAAUUCUUUUUCAGUAUCUUUGUGGCUCAUUGAAAAGUUUGCAACCUUGAAACAUUUAAUAUAAUAAUAUAGCAAAAAAAAAAGAAUAUGUAACAUUAUUACACAUACAUCUAAAACACGAUAUAAAAUUUUUACGUUGCAUCAAAGAUAGAAAUUAUUGUCCCUCAUAAUUAUAACGUUAUAUAUACCUAUAUUAUGUAUAUCUCCUAGUAUAUGUAUAUAUACCUAUAUUAUGUAAGGAAACUUUCUGGGAUGGGACAUACAAAAUUAAUACAAGCGUGUUUAUGCGAUAUUUCGGAAGAUUUAUUCUGAAUAAAUUUGAUGUUAUCCUUAAUACAUCUUGGCGCCUAUAAUAUCAAUUAUACCCUAACUAUUUACAAAGUCUUCUCGUAGAUUGCGCGAGUGUAUAUUGAGUGUUUCUGUUUGUGUAUGUGUGUGUAUGCGUGUGUGUGUGCGUAUUACGUGUAGAGUGUGUUACAUUUAAUCUGUAUACAUUUAGUAAUACUGCAAUCAAUAGUUGAAACGUUUCUGCUGCAUCUGAAACAGUAGGCUGAACAUCGGCAAGGCCUUGCUGUUAUUAACUUUGCGUUGUUUCGCAGAUCGUAAACGAUUUCGCAACGGUGUAAGAGUUCCGAUUUUUUCUUUUUUCUUUUUUUUAAGUAUACGUCCCCUCUGAAAAAACUUCUAGCCUAGCUUUAAAUUAGUUAUCUCUUCUCUUAGUGAACGUAGCGCCUUGGCGCGUGUCCCCUUUACGAGGUCCACGUCCAAAUCGAUUAUUUCGCUAUGAUAUAGUAGUAGUGAGAGGGGAGGGUCCGAAGCGUACGGACCGCAAGGGCGGCAGGAAUCUCGGGAGCGGUGCCGAAUGAAA